AUGGCUUCGUCUGCUCCUGGCGCUAACCGUCAUUUAUUUAUAUUGCCGGAUACGGUUGGUGCUAAUUUUUGCUUGGAACCAAUAGCGACAGCGCUCCUGGAAAGUGAUCCACAGCUAAUCUCCCUGUGUUUGGUGUUCAUCAAUCGCCUUCUGCAGCACGCACCGAAUGAUGCGGCGCGAAUUCGAACUGACCACGAAUUGAAAGGUUGCUUUAGAUACGCGCUUUUGGCUUUUACAUUUCCUAUUUACUUCGACAUUUGGAUCAGCUCUUAG